UGAAAGGCAUCAUACGGAAGAAAACUACCGCGCCCAAGCAAAUACAAUGGCCGGACGUCUGUUAAUACUAGCCUUAGCUUUCCUGACUGUCAAUGGAAAGAACACAUGCGAACACCUUAAAUUGUCGGGUAUGUCCUUAUAUUUCAAUGGCAUAUAUGGGAACAGAAACACUCCGCAUGGUCAGAUGCCUACAUAUGCCCACAUCGACGUCAAAGAUACUUUUCUGUACUACUCAGUGGAUGAGAGCAAAUGGAUGAUCGACGAUGAUUUUGUUGAUUCUCACGUUUUUGCACAUUCCGCCACUACAUCGACAUCCAAUCCAGUUUUAUCGAAUUCGUGGACUGCGGCGGUGGCUACAUGGAAAAAUCAACCAGAUGCUAGAUUUAAAUGUUUAGAUUCAG